AUGGUUUCGAAUGGUGGUGUUGAGGCGCUGACGUUAAAGGCGCGCUACGGGACUGAUGUGCGCAAGAUGACGGUGCAUCACAGCGAUGACCUCUCCUACAACGACCUCGUCCUCAUGAUGCAGCGAAUAUUUAAAUUGCCGAGCGCCACCAAUAUCUCUCUCAAAUACAAAGAUGAAGGUACAUCAGUGAUUUGUUUCACCCGCUCUGUACUCAUAGUGCUGUAUUAG